AUGACCCUGACCUCCAUGGGGAAAAGUAGUCAAGCCACAGAUGUGAAGUUGUGUUUGAGGCUGCAGAAGGUCAUAUACUUCUGUGAAAUUGAAGAAAGCCGUUUGAGUGCCGGCCCUUCAAAGAGCACCGUUUCAGCCUGUGCAGAUGGUGAGGCCUUGGCAGAAGAGGAUAAAAAGCCGUCAGAUAAUUGGGUAGAUGUGGAAGAGGCUCAGCAUUGUACACAACCCAAGACCUGUCCAGAUGGCAAAGCUGUGGUUGUUGAAACAGAUAAACAGCACCUAAUGCUUGCAGCAGAAAGGCUUGAAGAACCAGAACUUAUUGACAAUGCAGCUUUGAAAACCAUUAAAGAGUCCAACAUGGGAUCUGAGGGACCCGAAGAGGCAGAACAAACAAAAGUGGACAAAGUUCCAAGCUCUAAUAAAGCUGUUAGGUUCCAGCUGCCUCCCAAGACAAUAAGAUCUUCUGAAGCUGAUGAUUCACAGGCCUCGUUUUUUGAGAUUGACGUCCUUGGAGAAUGUUGUGUCAGCACUUUUAUGAAUACUCGUCACUCUGAGAGUUGGAUUGGCAUCACAGAUGAUUGGCUUCUUCAGAAGCAAAUUCUGAAAGAAGGACAAGGGAAAGCUACCAGACCUGAUGUUGGCCAAGAGGUCACCAUAAAGCUGCUGGGAGUGCUGGAAGAUGGGACUAUUAUAGACAGGGACCCAAAGCUUACUUUUCUCCUUGGAGAUGGUGACGUUAUUCAGGCCCUUGAAUAUUGUGCAUUCUCAAUGCAAUUGGAUGAAAUUGCUCUUGUAAUUUCCGAUGGACAGUAUGCCUAUGGUCACAUAGGGAGGGCUCCCGAUAUCCCUCCAGAUGCAACAGUGAUAUACGAAAUCCAGCUGCUUGAUGUCAGAAAUGCUCCAGACACAAAACAGCUGUCACCUUCAGAAUGCAUACGGAUCUGUAAACAGAAACGAGAGCGUGGAAACUACCACUUCCAGAGAGGUGACUACCACAGCGCUGUGAAGUCAUACAACCUUGCGCUGGACAUCCUGAGUAUUUCCUCAGAACUUAAACCCAGUGCUCAGGAAGCAGAAGAGUUGCAGGAAGAUGGGCUAAAGUGUCUCAAUAACUUGGCAGCUGCCCAGCUGAAGUUGAACCUCCAUGAAGAAGUGAUUGCUUCCAGUAACGCUGUGCUGCGCCUGGAUCCCAACAAUGUGAAAGCUUUGUUCAGGAAAGGAAAGUUGUUAUCAGAACAGGGUGACUACAAAGGUGCAAUGGAGACACUCAAGAGAGCACUGAAACUUGAACCCAGCACAAAGGCCAUUCACGCAGAACUCUCCAAACUAGUUAAGAAGCAGACUGGCCAGACACAACCCCUGAAGGAAAAAGUCAGUAGUCGGCAUAAGAGUGCAGUGAAGCCCUUGACAUCUCUUCCAACUGCGCAAGAGUCAUCCUCGGCUGUCCCAUGGAAAUGGCUUUUUUGGAUCUGCGAUGGUGGCCAUUGGAUGUGUGGUUACCACUGUUGUGUUGGCAGCAAGAGACCUAACUGACAGCAGACAGACAAGGACGCACA